AUGGCCAGUCACUAUGAGACAUGCAUAAAUCUGGGGCAAGCUGGAUUGUUUGAUGAAGCAGAAACCCUGAUGAAGAGUAUGGAAAUGAAACCAGAUGGGGAAAUCUGGGGCUCUCUGCUUGGAGGUUGUAAAGUUCACGAACGUGUUGAGUUGGCUGAAAUUGUUGCAAGACAUCUUUCUGAAGUGGAGCCUGAAAACCCCGGGGCUUAUGUGCUCUUAUCAAACAUCUACGCCGGAGCUAGUAGAUGGGAGGAUGUAGCGAAAAUAAGAACUAAGCUAAAUGAUAAGGGGAUGAAGAAAGUUCCUGGAUGUACGUCUAUUGAGGUGGAUAACAUAGUUCAUGAGUUCCUUGUUGGAGACAAGGUUCAUCCCCAGAACAAAGAAAUUUACAAGAUGCUGGAUGAGACAGAUAUCCUUUUGAAGAAGGCUGGAUUCGCACCGGAUACAUCUGAGGUGCUGUAUGAUAUGGAUGAGGAGUGGAAAGAAGGGGCUUUGGGUCAUCACAGUGAGAAGUUAGCCAUUGCUUUUGGUUUGAUCAAUACGAAGCCAGGGACAACAAUAAGAAUAAUCAAGAAUCUUCGUGUAUGUGGAAAUUGUCAUUCUGCUACUAAGCUAAUAUCCAAGAUCUUCAAUAGAGAAAUUAUUGCGAGGGACAGGAACCGUUUCCAUCAUUUCAAAGACGGUUCUUGCUCAUGUAAAGACUAUUGGUAA